AGUCUGAUCAUUACACACACACUCUUCAGCCUUCACAACACCUUUGCUACCGACUCAGUCUCAUUUAACAUCUUCAUUUCUUUUCCUUCCUGAAACAAAUGGCAUCAAGUUCAAUGUCAGCCUCAGGCUCAUGGAGUGUCAAGGACAACAAGGCCUUUGAGAAGGCUCUUGCUGUUUACGACAAGGACACCCCCGACCGUUGGUACAAUGUUGCCCAUGCUGUUGGUGGCAAAACUCCAGAGGAAGUGAAGAGACACUAUGAACUCCUUGUCCAGGAUGUUAAACAUAUUGAAUCAGGACGAGUGCCAUUCCCAAAUUACAAGAAAACUGCAUCCUCUGAUCAGGAGGAGAAAAGACUGAGGAAUUUGAACCUCCAGUGACCCAUCGGCAACAACAACAACAAAUUGAUUUUCUAAUUUUCAUCAACCAACAUCUUCAGUUUCCAGCAUCCCUGGUAGUACUACGUGGUGCUAUGUCACACAUAAUUGCUAGUGCAAUGGCACUUUAGGCUAUUUUAGUCAUAAGAAUCAUAUCUCCCGUGAUUCCAUCUUGUAUUUUCUUGUCGUUGAAGCUGCCUCUAAAAGAGUCAGUGACCGUUUCAGUUUCU